AUGAUGACACUGCCAUUCAAGGCCAACAUUGAUAUCGACGACAUAGUACGGUACAAGGACGUGAUGAAGGAGUACGGCAUUGAUCCGAAUGGUGGCAUUCUCACGUCGCUCAAAGGUUUGGAUGAGCCCGGUCAUGCUUUGUCUAGUCCAGUUCCCGAGCCAGAGAAAGAGCCAGAUGUUGCAGCGUUGAUCGACAUGCCGGGUACUACGACCAUCGUCCAGUCAUCAGUACCCGAGGAAACUCUUACGUUAUCAAGUGCUAAGGCUGAAAGGGAUGUUUCAAGUGCAGAGCCAGCCAAGGAAAAUAAGUUCGGGACAAAUGAGCUAGCCUCCGAGGUGUUGACAGGCUUCUACCUUGAUGCGCUCUUGGUGCCGGGCGAUAAUGAUAUUGCGAGCGUCCCGGCCGAUGUUGAUGAUGUUGGAAGAUCGGUCGUGGAAAAGUCGUAG